AAAGCUCAAAUACAAAGCAAGCAUGAAGAAUCUCUACCUGGUUUUGUCACUUAUACUCAUCUCCACGGCCACAACUGUCGCCGUUGACUUGGAUUCAUCAUCUCCGACUGUCUGCAUAAUCGGCAGUGGAAUCGGCGGGUCCUCAGUGGCCCAUUUCCUCCGGACCUAUUCCAGCUCCGGAAUCGGCGAAAUCAGAAUCUUCGAGAGGCAUGCUGUCGUCGGAGGACGCACGGCGACGGUGACUCUUUCCGGCGAGACAUUCGAGGCUGGUGCAUCCAUUCUUCAUCCGAAGAACUACCAUACUUUGAAUUACACUAAGUAUCUAAAUCUCUCUGUCCGAGGACCUCCUCCUUCUGAAUCUGAUUCGGGUUUCGGUAUUUGGAACGGACGUGAAUUCGUUUUCAAAACCCUAAGUUUCAAUUCGAAUCUCCCUAUUAUCCAACGCGUUGUGUCCUUCGCUAAUUCGGUGUUAAUUUUCUUUCGCUACGGGUUCUCUCUGUUUCGCAUGAAUAAUUUUGUCGAUAACACCGUGAACAGUUUUUUGAAGUAUUAUGAAGAUUUUGAGUCACGGCCAGUGUUCGAAACUGUGGAAGAGAUGCUUAAAUGGUCUGGGCUUUACAAUUUGACUAGACGAACACUACAGGAGGAGUUACUCGAUUUUCGUUUUUCUCCUCGGAUCACUGAAGAACUAGUCACGGUUAUUACCAGAAUCAAUUACGGGCAAAGUAUCAGCAUCAGUGGACUUGCCGGAGCUGUUUCGUUAGCUGGAUCUGAUUCAGGUGUAUGGUCAGUUGAAGGCGGAAAUCGGCAAAUGGCGGCUGGUUUGAUCAGUCAUUCAGAUGUCAAAUUGCAUCUUAAUGAAGAAGUAGAAUCAGUUUCAUUCAUAGAGCAAAACUAUCAACUCAAUACCACAAAGGGAAAGAGUUAUCAAUGUGGAAUAACAGUUGUGGCUACACCUUUGGAUGAGGUGAACAUUCACUUUCUUCCCGGAAUUUCAAUCCCGGAGAGGAAAUUACAGCACACAUAUACUACAUUCAUCAGAGGUCUAUUGAAUCCGGCUUAUUUUGGUUUAGGUUCGGUAUCAGAAGUUCCACAAUUGGUGGGCACUGUUGAGACUCCUGAUGUUCCUUUUUCGAGUAUUUCAGUUCUUAAGCAACAUAAGGAGAAUGAUAUGUCCUACAAGGUGUUCUCGCGUAAACCUCUUGACGAUGCUUUAUUAGAUCAGAUUUUCAGUGUGAGAAACGAGACAAUCAAGAUAGACUGGGGUGCAUACCCGCAUUAUCAUGCUCCUGAGGUAUUUGCACCGUUUAUCUUGGAUGGUCAGCACUUGUACUAUGUGAAUGCUUUUGAGAAUGCAGCUAGCACCAUGGAAACAAGUGCUGUUGCUGCUGAAAAUAUUGCAAGGCUGAUACUUUCCAGGCUUUCUGGCCAAAAACCGGCGAGUACAGUGACAUUGAAAAGCUUUGGCGAUGAUGCAUAUGAUGUCCAUGCAGACUUGUGAGUCCAAACAACUUUCCUUUUUGCCAUACAUGGAGCUUUUCGGCUGUUGAGUGUGUAUUCAUUUACAUGCUAAGCUAUUCAGAUUUGUUAGCUCCCUGGUCUUAGAAUAGCCUCUCAUGUAUCGAAAUUCACU